AAAAAAAAGAUAAAAAUGAAGCUUUUAAGGCAAGAUCUCAAAAUAAAAUCGCAUGUUAUUUUAUGCAAACACCAAAACCAACCACAACACGAAUAGAAGAAGAGAUCUCCUCUCAUUUCACCACAAAAAUAAUUUCUUUCUCAAAUCUGAAAGAAUAGUUGAAAAUGGGUCUAUCUUUCACGAAGCUGUUCAGCCGAUUGUUUGCGAAGAAGGAGAUGCGUAUACUUAUGGUGGGUCUCGAUGCCGCUGGUAAGACAACCAUUCUCUAUAAGCUCAAGCUUGGAGAAAUUGUCACCACCAUUCCCACCAUUGGUUUCAAUGUGGAAACUGUGGAAUACAAGAACAUCAGCUUUACUGUCUGGGAUGUUGGUGGUCAGGACAAGAUUCGUCCUUUGUGGAGACAUUACUUCCAAAAUACACAAGGACUUAUUUUUGUGGUUGAUAGCAAUGACCGAGAUCGUGUUGUUGAAGCUAGGGAUGAGCUGCACAGGAUGUUAAAUGAGGAUGAGUUGAGAGAUGCUGUGCUUCUAGUUUUUGCAAACAAACAAGAUCUUCCAAAUGCUAUGAAUGCUGCGGAAAUAACUGAUAAGCUUGGUCUUCAUUCACUUCGUCAGCGUCACUGGUAUAUCCAGAGCACAUGUGCCACCUCUGGUGAAGGACUUUAUGAAGGACUUGACUGGCUCUCAAACAACAUUGCUAACAAGGGUUAGUUACUGUUAGUCAUGAGCUGCAUGAAGCUCAGUUGAGUUUAGAGAUUAUGAUUUCCUAUGUUUGGAUAUGGUUGCCCUGUUUAGAAUUUUACUUGGCUUUAGUAUGUAUUGUUUCAUUUGUCUUCGAAAAAAACGAACGUAGGUUCAAUACAUUUGCAAUUUAUUUUUUUCCCGUGUAUAACCAGAAAGCUUUGUUUCAUCCAUUGAUCUGUGUGGUCAAUUAAACCAUUGGAAAGCUUUUAUGCAUAAUAUGUUAGUUAUAAAAUGAGCAAUCGUAUUUUCAGCAGAGUCGUGUCAAUAUGGCUAGUUUGAUGACUGGAAAAAUCCAUUGUUCCAAAACCAAACCAUGAUUAUUAUUA